AUGCAGGUGGACAUUGGGCAGUUUUUCGCCGAGCACGACAUCGUGCCGGUGUUGAUCGAUCGCGCACCGCUCGCAUUUGCUAAGGUGGUGUACCGUGGCAAGAAGCUGGUUGACGCCGGUAAGGAGCUUUCACCGGCUGAGGUGCGUGAAGAGCCCAAGGUGGAGUGGUACGCCGAUCCGACGGAUUUACACACGCUCGUCCUGAUUGAUCCGGACUCACCGAGCAGAACUGAGCCGUCGAAUCGAGAGUUCGCUCACUGGCUCGUUGGGAACAUCCCGGGUCGACACGUGCAGAAUGGUGAGACGUUGUUCGAGUACAUCCCGGUGUUCCCGAGGUCUGGUGUUGGCUUCCAUCGUUACAUCCUGCUCGUGUUCCGGCAGCAGUCGUGGAAUGACUACUCCGAAGCGCCACGUGCCUCAAGCAAGAACCGUACGCCACGGAUUCGGUUUAGCACGCGAGAUUUCGCACGCCGCUACAGCCUGGGCAGUCCGGUGGCGGGAAAUUUCUUCAUCGCCCAGUACGACGACUACGUGCCGGUGAUACUGGCCAAGUUUCCAGCCUCGGACGAGUUCUAGCACGCGCGUGUGUGUUCGUGCAAUCGAAAUCAAUUACGAAGGUUAAACAGCCGCCCUUCGCCACGGUGCGCUUUCCCGCGUGCCUGCUGCUCGCCGUGCGUAAGUGCAUGCGUUAGCGCAUGAAUCUCAUUUAAACAGCUUCGUCCAUUGUAACGCAGCUCCAGCGAGUAAAUGAUCGAAGCCGCCCGGACGAGAUGUGCGACCGUUCCCUGAACGCCAUUUCACGGUCACUGGGCGUUGAAUUAUUAAAAUCCGUAAGCUGCUUUAAUCCUCGCGUAGCGCGAAUAAAUAUUGGCCAACGGGUACCG